AAGAUUCCUCCUUUCCUUUCUUUGAGCUAGUAGUUAGUCAGCGCAGGUCGUUGAGAGGCAACUCCCGCACCGCAUGGCGUGAGUCAUCGCGAACCAUUUAAUUAAAACCAGUUGAUCCUGCUCAUCUGUGCUGUCAUUAGUCCGGAAGUGUCUGAACAGAGGAACAUCGAGCUCACGAACAGGGGGGCCUUUAGGAGAGGAAACAUGGCACGUUACGGAGACAUCAUGACGGUUCCAACCACUGGAGCAUCGCUGCAAACUGCUGAGCAGGACAAGCUGACCUACGCAGGCGUGAGGGCAUCACAUACCCUGGCAGAGACAGAUAAGAACCGGAUGGAAAAGUACAGGUCCAAAAUCAACGCAGUGGGAGCAAAGCAUGGAAUCGCUCCAGCUCUCAUUGCUGCCAUCAUCUCCAGAGAGACCAGGGCUGGAAAUUGCUUAGAAGGAGGCUGGGGAGACCACGGCAACGCCUGGGGACUGAUGCAGGUUGACGUCAAUCCAAAUGGAGGCGGACACACUAAACGCGGCGAUUGGGACAGCGAGGAACACCUCUCCCAAGCCGCGGAGAUCUUGGUUCUUUUCAUCGGACGCAUCCGCGACAAGUUCCCCGGCUGGAGCGUGGAGCAGCAGCUCAAAGGAGGGAUCGCUGCCUACAACAUGGGGGAUGGAAACGUCCAUUCCUAUGAUCAAGUUGAUGCCCGCACAACAGGAGAGGACUACUCCAACGACGUUGUGGCCAGAGCACAGUGGUACAAAAACAACGCAGGCUUUUGAGAGCUGGAACAUCGUCCGACACAAAUCAAAAUCUACAAUAUGUUCUGUGUGGGGAAAAAGCUGAGAGAAAUAAACAAAGUAUAAAGUAAGCAAACAAUCUUACCUAAAUAGAGCAGCGGAAGCUGAUGUGAUUGUCUUUAGUUUUAGUGACCUUUUCGUUUCAUUGGCUUUGGUUUUUAUCACGUUGGUGUUGUCGUAUUCGUUUAAGCUCUAAAGCUUUGUAGUGAGUCACACCCUGAAUUUUCAUGUCCCAAUCAUUGUUUAAUUCUGCAGAAAAGAAUCUCCUCAACUUGUUGGACACUUUUCUUUGUAAAGCAUUAAAGACCUGAGCAACUUUGACUUAAUAGAAGAUACCUGUUUUCCCCUGUUUAAUGCACAUCACUGAUCUACAGAGGCGCUCUCUGAACGUUACGGUUUUAUUUAUU